UACAAGCUGACACUGCACAAACUUCAUACUGCAUUCGAACUAAUAUUUGCGUUAUUGUUUUAGUUUUUGUUACCUUUCUUCUCUUUUAGUUGAACUUAUUUAAUAAAUCUUCAGAUUUGCUCCAGUCAGUAAUCAAAAUUUACCGGUCAAAAUGUUCGCCGAGCUCUUUCAAUCAUUUUCUCAAUUUGAGUCUAUGUGAGCCUAUUUUUUGCAGCUUAAUUUUUUGCAAUUUAAUUCAAUAAUACUUAUACUCGUCGGGCUUCUUGAAAACUGAUAUCAUUUCAUAGUUUUUGAAAUUUUUGAAAUUAUUUUUUUUUUGAAAUUAUAUUAUCCUAAAUUUUUGAAAUUAUUUCGACUACAAUAAAAAAAAUCGAUAUUGUUCUUGUUUUCUAGAAAUUUGUUGGUUGUUUUUGUUUCAUUUUGUCUGAAAAAUUGUCUUGCAAUGCAGCAUUAACUUAUAAUUCAGAAAUUGAGGACGUUUUCCAAUAAAUUUGUUAUACUUUUUAACAGAUUUAUGUGACAACGGUUCAAGUUUCUUUAUAAAUUUUGACCUUGAGACAGCGAAAGGGCGGUGAACAUGCAACCAAAUUUUCAAAAUUGUAUUUCACUAGUCAAAAGAGCAAUGCGAAACGAUUUCGCUUCUUUAGCGACGUCCAUUUUUUGAGUAGCUACAAGCCCACAACUUCGAAACAUUUUUCAUGCAACAACGAUCUAUCAUGCAAUUUUCCUGAUCAACUGAAACAUCACAAAAACGUCAAAAACAUGCAUACGCGAAACUUCAAAAGAUCAAUUUGAUAUAACUCAGCUUUAAAGUCAGAAAUGUAUUGGAAGUGUAUGAUUUUAUCCGAUAAUUUUAUUUAAAAUUAUAAAAUCUAUAGCUCAUUGUCAUAAAGACAUCGUCAUCAUCAGUAACAACGUUAUCUUUAGCAGGUCUUGAGAAGCAAUGAGUGUACCAUAAAAAGGCCUUUACUUCCGUUACUUCAUACAAGAUGAACAAAUGUAGACAAAUAUGGCUGUUUUUCCUAUUGUUCAUAGCUAUGACCCUAGAUGCCAUGCAUUUCUCAAUGGCAGCUCCCUUUUUCCCGACAAACGCCAAGGCUAAGGGCGUGUCACAUGCCCUUAUUGGUUUUAUAAACGCCUGUGACGCGGUAUCCUUCGGUUUAGCUGCUCUGCUAGUCACAAUAAUGCCAACUCAUAAUUACAUGAAAAGCCUUUACUGCAGUGGGUUGGCAGUUUUUGCAGUAUGUUUUUGUCUUUUCGGCCUGAUGGGACUUCGAUCAGAGGGCGAUUGGAUUUAUGUUUCAGUUCUCGCGGUCAAUAAUGCCAUUCUCGGAGCAGUUUCAGGAGUAGUGUUCGUUGUCGUCGUUCCGCUCGUGUCAGGAAUUAUCCCGAACAGCUUUACAACCGUAGUUUCGAUUAUUCAAGCAUCACUUGGACUUGGAUUUGCUUUGGGUCCUGCACUCGGAAGUCUUCUAUAUGAGCUCGGAGGAUUCGCUCUACCCUUUCUCUUCAUUGGAAUCUCAAUGGGAAUUGUGGCUGUUUUCUCUAUAAUAAGCCUUCAGUCAAUACGAGAUGCUACCACAGAUCCCGUUGAGGGUGGCGAACAAAGUCUCGAAACAAGCCCAGAGCCAGAUGACAUGAACGAUGUGUCGACAUCUCCGCAGAUUGGAGAUACAAAUUGCAUAUCUUUUAUCUGGUUUCUACGCAACCUCAACUUCUGGAAAAUCUCCCUGUGUAUCAUAAAUGCCUUCUCUCUCUUUGGAUUCAGAGAUACAUUUAUGGCCCUUUUCAUGCAAACUGAGAUGGGCAUAUCAAAUGACAGCACGAUCGCUCAUAUUUUUCUAGCUGCUGCUGGCGGAUGGAUAUUUUCGGUGCUUCUCGUCGGGUUCCUGUGUAAACAUAACUUAGGAGGUGAGUAUUUACAAACUUAUUCGGGUACUGUUUUCUUUGUGACGCUUGCUUCACCUCCUUUCGUGGUGUUUCUGAUUGUCUUGAGCUCGUACUUUGAGCAACUGCAAAACGUGUGGUGGGCGGGUGUGCUCCUAUUGCUGAUUAACUUUAUCCAGGCAGGCGUUGCUGCACCUGGGCUUUUAGUACUGAAAAGAAAUGCAAUCAAUGAUAUGGGAACAGAGCGCCAAUCUAAUUUGAAUGAAGUGAAUAACAGCCGUAUCGAGCUGUUAGCCAGUGGAAUGUUCCAAGUGAUGCGAUCAAUCGGACGGGCAGUUGGAAUGUUCAUUUUUGGAGGAUUUGUGGUAGAUCUGGUUGAUGAAAAAAGAGCAGUUCUGGUUUAUCUGACAACAUCACUGCUAUUAUCAAUUAUAAACAUUGCAUUUUUUGUCACAAAACCUAAAAUUUGGAAAUCAAACUGACAUUUAUAAUAUUUCGCGAUGCCGUUCAUAAUGUUUAGCGGUGCCGUUCAGAUUAUCAGUAAAAUCACUUAUGUCGUUGAGGUGGAUUAAAAAAUCAAUUUGUUAGCAAAGUUUUGUAUAAGUACGCUUUUGUACAUUGAAAUAUGUCAAUAUGUAA